AUGGCCACAGAUGAGCUGGUGGAAUCGCUUAUGGACUAUAUGGAAGCUGCGGAAAUCCAUCCGGGAACUGCAUCAUGCCCAUUCGAUUCCACUGAUAAGGCUUUGGCAUGCAGCGGAUAUUAUUUCUCCGAAACCGGGGCGGGACCUUUCGAGUCGUACAGUGCCAUGGCGGACUGGUUCGACCACCUCCGCUACUCCCUCCUCGUAGACCUGCAUAUGAACUACGGGAGUUUCAAACCACAUCUGUAUCCCAUGUUCGACGCUUCCCAUCCUCCAGUUCUAUGCCAUAUGGAUCUUAAUAUGCGUAAUAUUAUCGUGGACAAGAGGGGCGACGUUUGGUUAGUCGACUGGGGCAUGGCCGGCGCGUUCCCUCCAUAG